AUGAACUACAUUAGCAACAGCAGCCCGGCCUCAGGUCUGACCUUCAGCCCCACCAUGGACUCUGUGACCUGGGUCUACUUUUCGGUGACAUUUCUUGCCAUGGUUACCUGUGUUUUGGGCAUGGCAGGCAACAGCGUGGUGACUUGGCUGCUGAGCUUCCGUGUGCAGAGGUCCCCCUUCUGUGUGUACAUUCUCAACCUGGCGGUGGCUGACCUCCUCUUCCUGUUCUGCAUGGCGUCCAUGCUCGGCCUGGAAACAGGGCUCCUGCUCCCAGCCAGCACCUCCACCAAAAUCUACGAGGGGGUGAGGAGAAUCAAGUACUUUGCCUACACUGCCGGCCUGAGUUUGCUGACGGCCAUCAGCACCCAGCGCUGCCUCUCCGUGCUUUUCCCCAUCUGGUAUAAGUGCCACCAGCCCCAGCACCUGUCAGCGGCAGUGUGUGGUGUGCUCUGGGUACUGGCCCUGCUGAUGAACUUCCUGGCUUCAUUCUUCUGCGUCCAGUUCUGGCAUCCCAGCAAGGAGUUGUGCUUCAUGAUGGACAUGGUGGUCAGUGGUAUUAUCCUGGGGGUUUUCAUGCCCAUCAUGAUCCUGUCCAGCACCAUACUCCUCGUCCGGGUACGGAAGAACACCCUGCUGCGGAGACGGCGGCCCCGUCGGCUGUUUGUGGUCAUCCUGGCUUCUGUUUUCGUGUUCCUCACCUGCUCGCUGCCCCUGGGCUUCUACUGGUUCUUUCUCUACUGGGAGGAGCUGUCACAGAACGUGGUCUCCCUGUAUAUCUGCUUGUCACGCUUCUCUUCGUGCUUGAGCAGCAGCGCCAACCCAGUCAUCUACUUCCUUGUGGGCAGCCAGAAGAGCCACCGGCUGCAGGACUCCCUGGGCGCUGUGCUGGGGCGGGCGCUUCGGGAUGAGCCUGAGCCAGAGGGCAGGGAAACACCAUCCAUGUGCACAAAUGAUGAAGUCUGA